CGCGGUCUUGCUAUAUCAUUGGGAAUGACUGAUGCACUUUGCUUUUAAUCUCAUGCAACUAAAACAAAUUGGCACACGACUUCAUGUAUUAAUCAAAGUAAAUUGCACUAUGGUUGAUGGAUGACUUAAAACUUAUUUUAUAUUUUGCACGAGCUUUAAAUGGUGCUUUGAUAGUUUCUUUCAGUGUCUGAUUUCUCCUGAUUAUCUUUUUCCCCCAACUCCAGAUUCUGUGUUAAGUUUUAGCCUUAUUUUGAACCUAUUCUUUUUUAUGAGCAUGUCCUGUUCCCUGCCAAUUUCAUUUUGCUUCCUCCACAUGCACAUUUAUACUCAGCACCUCCAUUCUCUUAAUUUUGCAACUAGUGCAUUAGGAAGCCUGUUUUCUUUACAAAUUACUUCAGUCGUUAGUCAUUACACUUGAUUUUAAAAUCUUUGACUUCUCUGAUGUCAUUCGAUUCUCCAGUUUGCUUUCCUGGUACAAGAAGUGAGAGCAUCAGUAUAACCCCUAUAGAUCAGCUUUUGCAUUUCAACUCAGUUACAACUAUACGAAGGGAAUGCAUUUUUGUAGCAAAAAAAAAGAGGGGAGGGGGGAAGAAGAAAGACAGAGAGCAAACUGAAAGAUUAUUUUAUUCUUAGUGUUGGGUAUCAUUGUCUGGCUGCUCCAUAUCAGAUCCUUUAUUACAGAUUAUGUAUGAGAUUAUGAGAAUAGGAUUAGCGUGUUAUCUUCACAUGUUUUCUUUGGCUCAUGCUACUCUAUGAAUCUCGUGCUGAUUUUUACUUCUUUUUCACUUGAUGUUUUGAAGACAUAGUUAUGAUGAAUUCUAAUAGUUUGGUCCAUGAUUAUGCUCCCAACUUGUAACAGAUUAUGAGAAUUGGAUUAGUAUAUUAUCUUCAUAUGUUUUCGUUGACGCUUGUCAAUCUAUGAAUCUCAUGCGCCACUUUUCAUCCUUGGAAGUCUAUAUAAUAUAAAGAAUUAUCAAGCUUUUUGGCAAUACGUUGUUAAUAAUGCUUGAAGGUACAUUGGUACAGAAAGAAUGAGUUAUUUCAAUGAAAACCGAAGUCUAAUUUUGUGAAAUGAUCCUUGAAGUCCUAGUUUGCAAAUCGAACUUUUUGGUGUUCGUUGCCAGACCUUUAGUACCUUUUCAAUUAAAUUAUAUAGAUAUAGGCUAACGGGCCCCACCAGAUUUCUCGCUCUGCAACGGACCAUGGUCGUCCGUCAAUCCUUGAUUGCGCGAAUCGUAAAGCCGCGGGCGAAGCAUCCAAAGUCCUAGGCUGCGUCGACUUCGAACGGCUGCCGGUAUACUCGUUCGUCCAGGUAUUGGAUUCCCAGGAGGAUUCGAACUCCUAUUGCCAGGAAAGCGUCACUAUCUGUUAUAUAUAGAAGGUCCCCCUGCCACUUGCUUCUGCCAAGUCUUCAUCUUCUCUCUUCAUCGACAUGGAAUCCAGGAGCAAGAAAGCCCGGAGGAGCGAGAGCGUAGCAGCGAGGUCUUCAUCUUCUCUCUUCAUGGACAUGGAAUCCAGGAGCAAGAAAGCCCGGAGGAGCGAGAGCGUGGCAGCGAGGUCUUCAUCUUCUCUCUUCAUCGACAUGGAAUCCAGGAGCAAGAAAGCCCGGAGGAGCGAGAGCGUAGCAGCGAGGUCUUCAUCUUCUCUCUUCAUCGACAUGGAAUCCAGGAGCAAGAAAGCCCGGAGGAGCGAGAGCGUAGCAGCGAGGUCUCACGUUCCACCUGACAUUCUUCUCUCCAACAUCCUCCCCCGUCUCUCCUUCAAGUCUCUGACCAGGUUCGAGUCUGUGUGCAAGAGUUGGCGUGCCCUGAUCACCGAGGAUUCCCUCUUCGCCGCCGAUCAGUCCCUGCACCCUUCCCCCGCCUCCUCUGGCUUUGUCUACCUCGGCUCCUCCGGUCUCGAGUUCCUUUCAGCGCCGGGCACCCCAGUUGGCGUUCCCCGCCCCUCCCUCGAAAUCCCUUUUCAUGCCUAUAGCCUCAAGCUCGUGGCCUCUACCAACGGUCUCCUCUGCUGCCUCAUCCGCGCUCCGGCCUCCAACUUUUUUAAUGAUGGGGGUCCCUGCUUCAACUUGCUCUACGUUCUCAAUCCCGCAACCAGGGAGUCCCAUCUCGUUCCUGCGGCCCAAAGUCACAGCAGCUUCUUCAUCGGGCUAGCCUUCGACCCCUCCAACUCCCCGAGCCGUUACGCUCUGGUCUGCCUCCGUCGUUGCCAUGGCGUUAUCGAGGGGUGUCUCAAGACCCAGCAUUGGUUUCAUGUCUUCUCCUCUGAGACCCGCGAGUGGGUCGUCUCGAGCCAGACGGUCCUCGUCGAUGAUUUCGUGUCGGGCGAGCCCACAGCGGUGUUUGCUGGAGGGGUCUUGUACUGGGAUUGCAUUAGCUAUCUGAUAUGGUUCGACCCCUCCAAGGACCUUGCAGGACGGACGCCACUGCCGGAGGACCCAUCGAGUGCGGGCGUGCAUUGGAUCGGCGUAUGGGAGGGUCGAGUGACGUGCACUCAAGCCUGGGACGGGGAGGUAGAGGUGUUCGUGAUGACGAACGGGAACGGCAGCAGCGGGAACUGGGUGAGGAGGCACCGGGCAAGCUUCGAAGCAAUGGUCGGAGGGAAUCCGGAAGUGUUCGCUAAAUUCUGCCACCCCAUGAGGCUGAGGAGCGGGAGACUAUGGGACCGGCUGAUUUCACGGUGGUUUCUGCGGCCGCUGGCGCUCGACGGAGGAGACAAGCUCUAUAUAGCGCUGAAGCCCAUUGCGUGGAUGCCGAACGAGAAGGAAAGAGUGCUGUGUUACGACCUGAGAACGGGGGAGAUGACAUCGAUCAGCGACGGGAUCAGGCUUAUACCAUUUGAAGACCGAGUAUUCUCCUACCACAACAGCAUGGUUAGACUGCCCGAACUAUGCUCGGAAGCGGUAAAUACAACCACAUCAUGAAUGUUGGGUUGUGCAUGAUUUGCUCUCGGGUGCAGCUCCGAGUUCAAUCUCGUAUACAUCUUGAGAAUUUAGCACGGUUGUAGUAGUUGGUGCAGAGCGUUUCAAGUGGGGAUUUGGCUUUUUGGGGACUGGCUGCUUCAUAUUAUCCUCUUCUGUAGGACAUGAAAUUAUGUAUCCACUUUGUGAGCAUUAUAUAAUAUCUCCAAGUAAUUUGUU